CUCUGUGGCGCAGACUGCUCGGGCGCCCGGCAGGACUAGCGAACGAACGAAACGCACACGCACCAAUUCACACGCGACCGUGUUUACCAAAUCCAACGCAAUUCCAACCCCCAAUUGAAACUCCAAAUUCGAACUUGAUUAGUGCUGUGCUUCGACCUUGGAUUUUAUCGAGCGAUUUCUUUUGUGCGCAGCCUCAGCGGCGAAUGGACUACUGAACAACGAACAUCAUGGCUGAGAACGGGUACGGAGCAGGACCGGCCGCCGGUCACAUAGGCAGAAUACCUAACUUCGGGAAAACUCAAGUCAAUCCAAUGGGCAGCGUCGAGCCACCAGCGUGCAUCCAAAAUGCCAUGAUGACGAAGGACAAGAAACCGUUCACGUACACCCCGGGAGGGCUGGAUCUCUCACAGAUCCGCACGCCCAGCAUGGCACGAAGGAUGGCUCGACAACGGUCACUCGAGGAACAGGAACAAGCAUACGGGCAACAACCCCAUCAGAGUGGCAACUACCACCCACAAGGCGGCCCUCAAGGAGGUCCAGGAGGCCCCGCACCGCCCCCACCCCCACCACCUAAAGUCCCGGCUCCUCCCCCACCACCUCCACUAAUCAUCAACAAUGCUCCAAAUUCAAAUACCCCGAAACCUCCAGCGUUAGGCGAACGGCCGGAAAUCGUCAUUCCCGAAGACCCUAUCAGAAUGUUGAGGAAAACCAAUAGCCCUUACCACUGGGAGGCCGAACAAGCUGAAAUGCAUCGAAUGGGAGCAGUUCCGAAAUUCCAAGAGAAAGUACCGAGUCCGUUAACUGUUAAGAUGCCUCCGUCUUCAUUUUCACAGCAGCCUCCGCAGAGCUAUACCACUCAGGGGCAAAAUUUCCAACGUCCUAACUAUGGAUAUGGCAACCAGAAUCAACCUGAGAGUCCAGUACAUAGACCUGAGGCUCAAUACGCCAAUCAGAAUACCCCUUCACCAAAUGUUAACGGUUCGCCAAUAACACGGGAACAGUUGCAGAGGCAGGACUCACAGUUUAACAAGAGCCCUCAACCGUUUGCUGGACAGUCUCCUGUUAGCAAUGGUUCUCCCUAUUCACCGUCGCCUAACAACAACUGGAGGCAGCCUGACAGGAGAGAUUCACCCGCCAAUAAUGUAGGUAGUCCGCAGUCACCGCAAUCGAAUAGAAACCAGUUUUCACCAAAUGUGCAGCAGCAGCAGUAUUCGCCAAAUAAUCAGAUUCAAAGUCCUCCAGCUAACUCGGGCCCUGUAUACCAUACUUUACCAAGAACAGCGCCUAGAAUGCAAGAUAACUACUCGAAUAAUGUACAAAAUAAUAAUGCUAUUUACAACAAUACUAAGGAAACAGCUCAAGGUCCGACGAAGGAUCCUUCUGAUGCAUACCCGUGGAGGUCAAAUACUUUAAAUCGUCCUCGUGAACCUGAAAAUUUGCAAAAUAUUUAUCAUAACAGUCCAAAUUCUAAUCAACAACCAAAAUAUACUCCUCCGUGGGCACACAACGAAUCCAAAAAUAAUCAAAUUGGAAAUCAACAACAAAAUAACCAACAACAGCAACAAUAUCAACAGCAGCCACAGUAUCAACAGCAGCCACAGUAUCAACAGCGACCACAGUAUCAACAGCCACCACAAUAUCAACAGCAACCACAACUUCAACAGCAACCACAGUAUCAACAACAACAACAACAAAAAACACCCUCUUGGGCUAAUCAAGAGAAUAACAGAGCACAAGACAACUACAGUCCACAAUGGCGGGCACAACAGAAUGCCGCGCCCACGUCUCCUCCUAUGAGACAAAACCAGCCUCAAGAACAGCCGCGCUACCAGUCUUCGAUGUCAAUCCCCGUCACUCCGAGAAAACAAAACACGCAGCCCGAAAAUAAUAACAACGCUCCCCAAAAAGAAGCCGUGUAUGUUACACAAGAACCAGUAUAUUAUUGUCCUGACAGUCCUAAAGCGAUGCCACCGUGGGUAAAGGAGAAGACUAAAACUCCUCCCCCUACUUGGUGUCAAAAGCCCUUGGAAGGAAGAAAGAGUGCGCCGAGAGAACUGGUCACUCCUCCCAGGGACACAGAGCCAGAGUGGGUGAGGAAGAGUAAUGAAAUGCAGAGGGGUGUACGUGAGGUGAUCAGUCCUCCGAAAUACCAGCAGCCGGUGCAGCCGACGUGGUCCACGCGACCGUCUGACAAUCGCAAGAGUUUGCCGAGGGAUAAUGCGCCUGGUUCGGAUGACAGAAGGGACCAAGGGCAGCAAGGGCCGCCACCUUUAAGGAUUGUAAUAAACAUGCAACAGCCAGGCCCACAUACCCAAGCGCCAUAUUCGCAGCCGACCCAGCGCAUUAUGAGGGUGCUAUCGCCACAACUUGUGAGACUAGAUGAUGGCCAGCAACAAAAUGAUCUGCCGACUUUGAACAGGAGUUUCCAGAAUAACCAAGACAGUCAAGGGCCCAAGGAGAGAAUAAUUCCGAUACAGAUUGAAGGCGGUGGUGGCAGCGGGGCAAAUAAGAGCUUCGGUGGGCGGUACUAAGGGAGCUGUUUGCACUGAUCAAAAGUGUACUAUCAUAAGUUCACGCAAGAGGGCCCGCCACGACAGUCGAAGGCUUUCAAGGUACUGCAGAUCAUCACAGGGACACAGGACCUCGAUAUACAGGGCAUGGAAGAAAAACACGGUUUCACUGAUUUAUAACUGAAUAUAUUUAAUCUACAAUAAAAUAUUUGUAUAUUAACGUUAUGAACUAUCGCAUAUAAAUCUUUGCAAUAUUUUUUAUUUGUUUAUUUUAUAUACGCCAAAAAUAGGUUGAACAAAUCACAAAUUUUUGGUAGAAUUAAUACUUGAGUAUUAGUCUGCUAAUUAUUGAAUUAGUAAAAAGAUGCAUAACUCAAUGUAUGAACUUACCUGUAUAUUUUUAUCGUUUUAUAGGUUUUAUUAUUUUUAUCAAUUUUAGCUACAACAAUAAAUUCUCUUGUGUAAACCACAAGAAUUGUUAUUGAGAUUAAUUAUUUUUGUAAGUAUCAUAUAUUUUCAUUUAUGUCGUAAAAUAUACAGACAAUGAAAUAAAAAUGUUUAUGUAAUUACAAUGUAUUUAUUUUCUAGUAAAUCAUCGGUCUUAUGGUGCAAAUUUAUUAAAACUUUCGAUAUAUUGCUAAAAGUCGUAUAAAUAUCAUACUAAUAAUAUUAUAAUUUAGGAUUCGAAAGUUAAAAACAUCUGAAUAUAGGUUGUUGCGUCAAAUAAUACUUUUUAUUUUAGUUUACUUUUAACAAUUAGAUACUUAAUAUUAUUAAAUAUUUAAAUGUAAUAUUAAUGAACGAAUAGUUAUAUGCGAUAUUUAAUAUAAUAUAAUUGUAAUGAAACGAAUGGUAUAGAUAGCAAAAUUCGAGUAUAAAACGCUUUAUUUUGUGAUUUUUACUAAUGCUCAUAUUUAUAUACAAUACACAGCUAGCUUACCAAAGAAUAGUUUAAAAAAAUAAGUGUUAAUAACCGUAAUUAAUUACUCUAUUUGUUUAGUUUUAGUAUAAGCAUAUUUAGAGUUAAGAUACCAGUUAGUUAUAUUUUCAAAGUUACCAAUUUGACUUAGAAGUUAUCGAAGUUCGUUCUUUAGGUACCCGCCAUCUUCGUGCAGACCUCCAUACUUUCGUCAUCAAACGAUUUAUUCUCAUGUUUUUAAUGAUAUUUAUAAUAAGUACUUUAAAUAGUACCAUUCACAAUUAUAUAUAUUUUCAUUACAUUUUUCUUUUUUUCUCUUAUUUUAUUAUUAUUUUAAGGAAAUAAUAUUGUCUUAUGCGACAAAUAAUUAUUUACUUAUUCAAAAUAUGUUGUCUACGUAAUGCCUAUUUAACUAUUGUUAUUGUAUUUACAGAUUUUCCCAUUUUAUACUUAUUUUGUUGUCCUUACUAACAAAGUAACCGUUUAUUCCUGUGUUGUAUUUAAGUAUGUAUUUUUCUCCACCAGUAAAGGAAACUGACACUUUUAAUAAUAUACGUAAUUCUCUAUCAAAACUUAGUGGUUUAGACACCGAAAGCUAACGGUAUUAACCGUGUUUAUGCUCAUAUUUAUAUAUUUUUAUGACACUAGCUGAAAAAAAAUAUAUAUAAAAAAUAAAUGUCGAUAAGUAUAUAGACACCGAAUAUUUGUUAUUAUUUAGUUAAUAUUAAAUAACAUUAAAAUAUUGCUAUGAUAAACAUAGCUCAAUUGUUUUCUUUUGGUUAGGUGCUCAUAAUGUGCACGAAAUAUUAAUAAAAAUAUACCGCUCGCUACUUUACCGUUUUAUGAGAGAGUUAUUUUUCUUUAAAUAUAUUACUUGUGUAUGUAUUUUAUUUACCCAUGGUUGGAGAUAACAUGUAGAAAAGAGUUCGAAAUCCCCAAAAUUAACACAAUUGAUAUUCGUGAUUGUCUUAAAGCAUUUCCCGUGUUCCAAAACCCGUUUUUUAUAACCGUAAUUAACAAAAUUAAUUUUAUUUUAAUUAAUAUAGUUUGCUUUGUAUAUGACAUAGUUGGCCUCGAAAAAUAUUAUUCCGUCAGAUAUAAUUGAUUUAGGUACUUUAUUUACAUAAAAAAAUGGAAAGUGUACUUGGUAAAUAAUAAAAAAUAAUUAUAUUAAAAAUGUCAUAUACAAAGUAAACAAUAAUUCGAAAGCAGACAAGGGGUGUGGCAAUCUAGUCAGUGUGAUCAAUUAUAAGAAUAUAUAAGUAUUAAAAAUUAUAUUUUAAUAUAAUAAAUGCGUUAUUCUAUUAUAGAUUUUAUAUUUUGCUUAAUUUAAUUAUAACUGUAAAUGUAAGUCGAAUUAAUUUUGUAAUAAAAUACAUUAUUGGAAAAACUGAA